CUCGAGUUUCGAAAUGCGACGGCCAUAACCAGCUCCCUCUGAGCCUGAUGAUCCUGAUCUUUGUCGUAGCCUUCGACGCUUUCUCUCUUUCUGGUGGGAUAGUUGGCGAAGAAGCUCAGUUCUGAGAGCGAGAUUUCCCGUGGUCGAUCUCCGUCUUUUCCCUUUUUCCUGAACGAAAAUUUCCUUUCACCGAGGAGCGUUGUUGUGAGUCCCGCGAUCGUGUGACUCAAUUGUUAGCACCACAACUCGCUCUUCUCGACUGCGCUGCUAUCACUUGCAGUCUAGAGAUGUCUCUCCCUACUCACGCAGUGUCGGCGUCCAGACUCCACAGCUUGCCAACACUCCAGGCAGCUUGCAUAUCCGCUAAGUCCUCAUCUCCCAGCUGCUUCCGAAAAAGCUUCGUCUCCGCGCCGUUGCCUAUCGGAUGCGUCAGGAAGCCCGCGUCAGCAGCUGUUAACUGCAGCCCUGGAAGCAGCAGCAUUAGCAGGCAGCGGCGACGGGUGGGAGGGAGAGGCGUGGUCGCAGCCAGCCCUCCCACGGAGGAGGUGGAGGUGCAAACCGAACCGUUGACCAAGGAAGACCUGGUCAACUACCUGCGGUCCGGCUGCAAGCCCAAGGAUAAGUGGAGGAUCGGCACGGAGCACGAGAAGUUCGGGUUCGACCAGAAGACGCUGGAGCCGAUGAGCUACGAGCAGAUCGCGACGCUGCUGGAGCACAUCGCGGACCGCUUCUCGUGGGACAAGAUCAUGGAGGGCGAUAAAAUCAUUGGAUUGCGAUCGAACGGGCAGAGCGUGACGUUGGAGCCGGGGGGUCAGUUCGAGCUGAGUGGCGCGCCCCUGGAGACGGUGCACCAGACGUGCGCUGAAGUCAACGGGCAUCUGUACCAGGUGAAGUCGAUCUGCGAGGAGGAGCACGUGGGGUUCCUGGGCCUGGGUUUCAACCCCAAGCACACCCUGCAGGAGAUCCCCAUCAUGCCCAAGGGUCGCUACACCAUAAUGCGCAACUACAUGCCCAAGGUGGGGUCGCUGGGGCUGGAGAUGAUGUUCCGCACGUGCACCGUGCAGGUCAACCUCGACUUCGACUCGGAGCAGGACAUGGUCGACAAGUUCAGGGUCGGCCUGGCGCUACAGCCGGUUGCCACUGCUUUGUUCGCCAACUCGCCCUUCCUCGAGGGCAAGCCCAAUGGUUACCUCAGCUACCGCAGUCGGGUGUGGGAGGACACUGACAAAGACCGCACGGGGGACCUUCCCUUCGUUUUUGAGGACGGCUUUGGGUUCGAGCGCUAUGUGGAGUAUGCCUUGGACGUGCCCAUGUACUUUGCGUACCGUGACCAGCGCUACAUCGACGCCACAGGGCUGUCCUUCAGGGACUUCCUGAAUGGCAAGCUGCCUGUGCUGCCCGGUGCCUAUCCCACCCUGAACGACUGGGAGAACCACCUCACCACCAUCUUCCCUGAGGUGCGGCUGAAGCGGUAUCUGGAGAUGCGGGGCGCGGAUGGCGGGUCGUGGAGGAGAAUAUGCGCUCUGCCCGCCUUCUGGGUGGGUCUGCUGUACGACCGAGAGUCCCUGGACGCAUGCAAGCGAAUCAUCUCAGACUGGACCGAGCUUGAACGCUCCGCCCUGCGCACGCAUGUGCCUCGCAUGGCCCUCAAAACCCCCUUCAGGGAAGGUCUGCUGCAGCAUCUGGCACAGGACUUAGUGAAAAUCAGCAAGGAGGGGCUGCAAAGACGAGGCUACAGGGAAGCCAACUUCCUCAAAGAGCUGGAGAACAUCGCCGCUACAGGCAUCACUCCAGCUGAGCGCAUGUUGGAGGCGUACCAUGGCAGGUGGGGGGAGAGCGUGGACCCCAUCUAUAAGGAGCUCAUCUACUAGCCAUCCUUUUGAGAGACCUGCAAUCUACAAGACGCUCAUCUAGUAGCUUGUACUGUACCUAGGAUAUCGUUAACAUGCUGCUCGUCGGACGAGUACUUAACAUUCUUCCAAUGCAUGUACCAUUGGCUCUCGUAAGAGCUGGAGGGAGGGAGACCCUUGGCUUUGCAUGUGUAGUAAAGCCUUAUGAACAUGCCUUCAUACAUCUCUAUCAGCGGGUCUCACUAGGCUGGAUAGCUAUCA